ACCCGACUUCCUUUCCGACAUCCCGAUCGAGAGAGACGAGAUGGGCCAUCAGCAGCUCUACUGGAGUCACCCGAGAAAAUACGGCCAGGGAUCCCGAUCCUGCCGGGUUUGCUCAAACCGACACGGUCUGAUCCGCAAAUACGGACUCAACAUGUGCCGUCAGUGCUUUAGACAGUACGCUAAAGAUAUCGGCUUCGUCAAGCUGGACUAAACGUCCAUGAUGUGAAGUCGACGGCGUGCACCAACCUGACGUCAUGAACAUUCAAUAAACCUGUUCUUGUUUCUGUUCAGAAGUUG